AUUUAAAGUGUUUAAAAUAAUGCAAGAAUUUGUCGAAUUAAUUUAGGCAGCAUUUUUCGGAAAAGAAAAUAAUUAGCGUAGUUAAGCAGAGUAGUAGCUUGUAAAUUUGAAGCAUCAAUUACCAAAUGAGUUUUUUUAAAAUUGCAGCACUGUAUUUAUAUAAACUCAAUUGGAUUCUUAAACAAGAGUAGCAGCAGGGACAUUAUUACAGAGAUGUAUUAGUUAUGAAUAAGGAUGGUUAACAAUAGGAUUAGAUGUAAAGAGAAAGAUAAAAGAUGAGUUAUUAUCUUAACUAAUAUCUAGUGAUCAAAAUAUAAAAAAAUCAGCAGCAAGCGUAAAUGUUGUAUAAUAAAUUAAUAGUGUUUAUCAGGAAUAUGUGCAAUAGAAUUACCAAGAUAAGAAUGGCCUGAAAUCAUUAGCAUAUUAGUAUAGAAUACUCGACAUGAAUCGAUAGAAAUUAAAAAAGCGGCAACUAUAACUCUUGGUUAUAUUUGUGAAGCUUUAAAAAAUCAGAAAUAAUCGAUAGAUAAAACUGAAAGUGAAAAAGUGUUAUAUGGAAUAUGUAUGGGCUUAUAAGGAGAGAAAUAAAUAAAGUUAAUAUCAAUAAGAGCAUUGAAAGAUAGUUUAUAAUUUAUGGAUCAAGUUUUGAUACAAUAAUAAGUUAGAGAUCAUGUCACUAAAUUAUUGGUAGAAUCAGCAAUCUCCUAAGAUUCUGAAAUUAGAUUAGCAGCAUUAGAAUGCCUGAUUGAUUAUACUAAAUCUAUUUUUGAUUAUUUAGGUAUGGUUUCAAAUGUAAAUUAGAAUAAUAUAUUACUGUAUUGUGGAAUUGUACAUAAGAAAGUAUCUAUCAUAAAGAUUUUGCAAUUGUUACAAUGGAAAUAUGGUAGAGUAUAGCAUCUGAAAUAAAUGAGAGAUAAACUGUUAGUAAUAGAACAAACUUGGGAUUCAGAAAAACUUAGAAAGAAGCUCUAUAAUUAGUUGCUUAGUAAUUAAUCUAAGCUGUUUUAUAAAAUCUACUCAUUUCAGAUGAAGAUGAAGAAGAUGAUGAAGAAUAAGGAAUAUAAGAAGCAGCUUAUAAGGCAGCAUCUUCUAUUAAUGAAGCAUUGGGAAAUAUAUGUUAUUAACUUUAUUUAAGAUUUGUCGAAAGUAUUUAUUUAUUCAAUUAUUUUAGAUACACUUUAAGCAUAAGAAUGGUAAAAUAGAAAGGCUUCAUUAUUAGCAUUUUCAUCAAUGGUUGAAACAGCAGAUGUUUUAGAAUUAUCUUAAUUCUCUAAUUCAGCUAUUGGUGAAUUCAUUAAAAAAUUAGCUGAUUCUCAUAAAUAAGUGAGAUAUGCUGCUGGAAGAGUCAUUACAAGAAUUGCUGAAAAUUAUCCUUUGGUUAUUCUUUAACAUCAAUUUGCAGAUGAUUACAUUAAUUAAUUUUCAUAAUUUUUGUAAGGAAAUAAUAAGUUAACAAAAUAUUUAUUAUGGACUUUAGUUAAUUUAACAGAAGCAUUUAGAGAUGAUACCAAUAAUUAAUUUUGUAAAUAUUAUGAUUUUCUAAUUUCUUAAUUUGCUAUUGUUAUUGGUAGAUAAGAUUUCUAAGAUGGAACCUUACUUGAUAUAGCUUGGGUUGGUAUCAUUAACUGCUUGUAAUGUAUAAAAGAACCAUAAACUAUUAAAAAAUAUUUAUCUGCUUUUGGUUAAUAAAUGGUUGCAGUUUAUUCAUAAAUUGGAUGGUAAAAAGAAGCCAAUAUUUCAGGGUUAUUAUCAGCUAUUCAUAUUUGUUUUUUAAGAUUAGUUGUAUUAGGAGAUUAAUGUGAUAUUUAAUUAAUGAAUAACUUUUAUUCACUCAUAGUUGAUUAUUUCAAAAAAAUAUAAACUGUAACUCAAGAUGGUUUUUAUGCAAUUAGUGCUAUUGCUUAAUGUAUUAUAUUUAUUAAAUUUUUAUAGACAGCAAGAUUAAUUUUAAAUCUCUUGUGGAUGAUUUUAUGUAAAAUUAUUUAGAAAUUGGUUUAUAAAAGAAAUUGGAAAUUGAGACUUUCAAAGGAGCAAUUUUAUGUUUAGCUGAUAUAGCAAGAUCACUUCAAUUUAAAGAGUUCAGCAAAUUCUUACGAAUUUUAGAAUAUUUAAUUGCUUGUGUUAAUGUAAUCUAUUUUUAAAUAAUUCAAAGGAUUAAUAAGUGAAUAGAGUUGCAAAGAUAGCCUUAUUUGUUUGCAUUGCUGAUAUUGUUCUUAUAGCAGAAUAGGAGGCAGAACCUUACUUUUAAGCCAUUUGGCAAUUAGUAAAAAGUGGAUUUACUGCUUCAAUCUACUUUACUUAAAAUAAGGAUAUGGCACAAUUAGAAUAUUAUGAAAAUCUUAAUGAUGCCUUAUUAAAUUGUUAUUUAUGCAUGCUACAUGCAUUCAAUCUAAAUAAGAUUCCAUAUCAACCACUCUAUUAAACAAUUUCUGAUUUAUGUAUGUUCAUUUAAGCUACCUCUGAUAAAUCAUUAACACCAACAGUGGUAUCAAUAAUUAUUAAUUAUGAUAGGAAUACAUUCGUCUUAGUGUAACAUGUCUCCUCGAUUGUGUUUCAUAUUAUAAGUCUUUAAAAGGAUAGGAGAAUAUGUCUUAAAAAUUAUUAACCAGUCCUCUUCUCAUCAGCUUAUUGGAUAUGCUGAAAUAGUAUUCCAACUAACCCGAAAAUCAAUAAUUAAUUCUGUAUGCUAAUGAUAUGUACAAAUCAUUCCAAUUGCCUUAAUAUUUGAAUUGAGAUCAUCAUUAUAUAUUAUUAUGUUUAAUUGAAUGUGUU